AUGGCCACCGUCCACCACCUCUGCACACUACUCUCCGCCGUCUUACUACUCCUAUCUCUAACCCUAACCUCCGACGCCUGCCCGCCGUCCGACCGGGCCGCCCUCCUGGCCUUCCGGGCAGCCCUCCACGAGCCCUACCUCGGCAUCUUCGACUCCUGGAAGGGGCCCGACUGCUGCAACCGCUGGUACGGCGUCAGCUGCGACCAGGAAACCCGCCGCGUCGCCGACAUCAACCUCCGCGGCGAGUCCGAGGACCCCAUCUUCCAGAAGGCCCGCCGCACCGGCUACAUGACCGGCACCAUCUCCCCCGCCGUCUGCCACCUCGACCGCCUCUCCAGCCUCACCGUCGCCGACUGGAAGGGCAUCUCCGGCCCCAUCCCCCCCUGCGUCCCCUCCUCUCUCCCCUUCCUCCGGAUCCUCGACCUUGUCGGGAACCGGCUCACCGGCCCCAUCCCGGCUGACAUCGGCCGGCUCGGCCGGCUCAGCGUACUCAACCUGGCGGACAACCAGAUCUCCGGCGUAAUCCCACGGUCGAUCACCGGCCUCUCGUCGCUGAUGCAUCUCGACCUCCGGGGAAACCGGAUCUCCGGCGGGAUCCCAAGAGAUUUCGGGAAGCUGAGGAUGAUGAGCCGGGCCCUGCUCAGCAAAAACCGGCUGACCGGCCCAAUCCCCGAGUCGGUCUCCUACAUCUACCGAUUAUCCGAUCUGGACCUCUCGCUGAACCGGCUCUCCGGCCCGAUCCCGGCCUCGCUGGGGAAAAUGGCGGUGCUCGCGACCCUGAAUCUCGACGGGAAUCUAUUCUCCGGCCAGAUCCCGUCGUUGCUGAUUAGCUCCAGCAUCAGCAUACUGAAUCUAAGCCGGAACGCGAUUGAGGGCUACAUCCCGGAUGCGUUCGGGCCGAGGUCGUAUUUCACUGUGAUUGAUCUGUCGCACAAUAAAUUGAGGGGGAGAAUUCCGGUGUCAGCGUCGUCGGCGUCAUACAUCGGCCACCUUGACGUCAGCCAUAACCACCUCUGCGGGCCAAUUCCGGCGGGCGCGCCGUUUAACCGCCUGGAAGCGUCAUCGUUUGAGUACAAUGACUGUCUAUGCGGAAAGCCGCUUAAAGCUUGUUAG